AGAAACAUGAAGCCUGCCUUGUCAAUCUUAAGCCUCAAUUAAUAAGGACCUCUUUAAUUUCCACAUGCCAUGUGGCAUACUACUGUGAACCAGAUCCCUUCUUGAUACAUUGAACAUUGAACGUUUCAAUCAACCCUACCCAGGUAUCCUGGUACAUAAAGGUCAAUCAUAAGACACCUUAUAUCAUCGAUAUUAUGUUCGAAGUCCCAGAUGCUAAACGAGUGCGACGGGAGGACUUGUACAACUCUAGCUCUGAUGAAGAGGCACCACAUGAUUACCAAUGGGACUCAUCUUUACAAGAGAAACUGAAUUUGCAAUUUUCCGAUUUGCUAGACCUCGAUCUCGUUGCGGAUGCAAAUUUAGGAGCACGGCAGGCCCCGCAAUCUCAAGUAGUCCUAGAUGAUGCAAACCAGACUCUGGCAGACGAUGGAGCUACCGAGAAGCCUGAAGAGGAAAUCUUUACAUUCAGGCUUUUUCGAGACGAAGAGCCUUUGCGUAAAGUCGUGCUCAAGCUUCGAGAGAAUGAAAAGGAUGGCGAGGGCGCCUUUGUUGUCCCUAGCCGACCUACAUCGUACUUUUUGGCCGAAGAGCUAUCAUCCAGGGCUAAAGAGUUUCAAGUGGCUGCUGUGAGUGCAAACUACCUUCUUGAAGAUGCUACAAAGAGACGAUGGGGACUCGAAAAGCCCUGGAGGGUGAAAACUAUUAGUAUCAAGACGAGCAAGCGAAAUGGGACCCCGACUAGGUCUGAUAGUCGUACUACGACAACAGAAACUGGAAAGCAGAAGAGAAAAAGGCCGGGUAAGAAGCGAAGAAUUAUCUUAAGGGUACGGGAGAAAGCAAAGAAGGAGCAGCUAGAAGCUAUGAGGCAACAACUUGUUGAAAGAGAGCAGCAUAUAAAAGACAAGAAGCAGCGACUAAACAGGCAGAAGAAAUUGAAACGGAGAGCCAAGGAGCGAGAGAAGAAACAAGGGACAACAGAUGACGCUGAACCCAAGCAAAGUGAUAGGGAUAGUAGUUUAUAGUAUUACUACCUAGGUACCUAUGCAAGUCGGUAGAUAGAUUCAACUUAUGUACCUAACCAUACUAUAUAUGUAUGUACUUAGUAGGCAAUAUGAUUUGGUGCAUAGGUACCUAGAUCUUGCACAACCAACCGGGCUACGGUUGCGAUUUCCAUGUGCACGAUUGGCAGUUGCAGUUGCAGUUGCAG